ACAGCGAGAAAUCCUGCGACGCCGCAACUCCGCAUGCGCCUAAAUAUAGGUUAGAAUCGCGGAACAAACCAGGUUAGAAUGUCCACAAAAAUGAGCCAGGGUACAGCUGAUUGCGUUACAGAAUUAUUAAAUGGGGUGGAAAUUGAUCAAAAAUGUGAUGUUGGGUCCACAUACAACAAAAAAGCCAGGGAAUUUAAAACCAUGAAUGGGUUUGCAAGUGGAUCUGGAUCCAAUGGACAUGUCCUAGGGUCCUCUGAUGAAGAAGGUUUAAAAAAGCAGGGAAUUAUAAAAAAUGGUGUUUUAAAACAAAAUGGCAUUGAAACAACAAAAAAACAGCGGGAAAUCCGGGAGUCCUUUGAACCGCCAACUUUAAUCAAAUACGCAUUGACUAUGAUUAGUUUUUACGUUCUUAUGUUUCUUGGAUAUUUAUCGCAAGCCCUUUACCCGCCCAAAAUUGUUAAGGAAGAAAACAGAGAUGGAUACCCUGCAAUAUUUGAUAGAUUUUCUGCGUUUUACUCCAGAUAUGUCUACAGAAGAAUCAGAGAUUGUUGGAAUUACCCCAUUUCGAGUGUGCCUGGGUCAAAAGUGGUUUUAAAGGAAAGGGUCACCAAUGACUGUGGAUGGACAUUUGAAUUCACUGGCAACAAGAUAAACUGCCUGAACUUGGCCUCCUACAACUACCUAGGCUUCGCGGAAUCGUCCGGACCGUGCGCAGAAGCGGCUAUCGCCUCGAUCCGGCAAUACGGCAUCAGCACUGGCGGUACGCGUCAACAGUACGGCACAUGCGCGCUGCACGACGAGCUCGAACGGCUAACCGCAGAAUUUUUGGGAGUCGAUGACGCCAUCACGUUCGGCAUGGGCUACGCUACUAAUACCCUCAAUUUACCCACCUUGAUCUCCGAGGGUACGCUCGUUAUUAGCGACGAAAAGAACCACGCCAGUAUUAUUGUCGGUAUCAAGACCCCCCUAGGUACUGUCAAAGUUUUUAAGCACAACGACGUCAAAGAUUUGGAAAAUCUUCUCCAAGAAGCUAUCUACUACGGCCAGGAUCGCAAAGGCGACUACAAGCCGUGGAAGAAGAUCAUAAUAAUCGUGGAAGGCGUCUACAGCAUGGAGGGCACGAUUGUUCGUUUGCCCGAAAUCAUAGCGCUAAAAAAGAAGUACAAGGCCUACCUUUACUUGGACGAAGCGCACAGCAUCGGUGCCAUGGGCAAGAACGGCAGAGGUGUCCUCGAUUAUUUCGGAUGCGAUCCCAACGACAUUGACAUUCUUAUGGGGACUUACACGAAGAGUUUCGGGUCGGCUGGAGGGUACAUCGCUGGAAACAAAAAGCUGAUAACUUACCUGAGAAAACACAGUUUCGCGUCCAAACACGCUUGGGCCAUGCCUCCAGCGCUUGCUGCGCAAAUCAUAUCGGUUUUGAAGAUCCUAAUGGGCAGAGACGGUACCAAAGAAGGUCAAAGAAGAAUCGAAGCUCUAGCCAGAAACACCAGGUAUUUCCGUUUACGUCUGGAGCAAAUGGGAAUUAUAAUACACGGUAACGAAGAUUCGCCUGUGGUGCCUAUAUUGGUCUACUUGUACUCCAAUAUUGUAUCGAUGGUUCGUUCCUUGAUAAAGGAAAAAAUCGCCACUGUGGGAGUCGGUUAUCCUGCAACGCCCUUAUUGGAAGGCAGGAUAAGAAUCUGCCUUUCCGCAGGGCACACCAAAGAGGAACUGGACCACGCACUCGACGUAAUCGAGAAAGUCGCCGACGAAAUCGGCAUUAAAUAUUCCCGAAAACCUCGCGACUUAACCCCAAUUGACUACGACAAAAUCAAAGUCUACGAAUAAUGAUUAUUUUCGAAAUGGGGAUGUUUUUUGCUUGAUCUUUUUCCAUGCUAGUCUUCCACUACAUUCCCACAUGCAACAAUAACAGUAGUUUGUUUUUGACACCACAAGAUGGCCAGUGACGUUACGCAUAUGUCAAAUUUUAGGUUAGGUUGCUAUGGCAAUAUUGCAAACAGACGCCAAAUAGUUCCUUAUGCCAAAGAUUAUGCGAUUUUUGGUAUAUGACAGCACAAAUACUAGACUAGACUAUUCACAAAUAAAUCAAAACAAAUUUACUUUAUGGAAAACAUAUCAUGAAAAUCAGCAAUUUUCUAAACUUUUUAAUGAUGCUUUAUUUUUAUUAUUUCUUUAGUAAAUUACUUAUCUAUUUUUGUACACAUUGUAUUCAAAAAAGUAUUAUUUUACAUUUUUGUACCUACUUCUUAGUUCAACGCUUUUUAUUGUGUCAAUGUUUUUUUAGUAUUAUUAUUUUAAAUACAUCCUUCUGCCUUAUACAUAAGUAAUAAAAAUUAAUUAUCUAGUUAUAUUUAAGCUUAUAAACUGAAUUUCAAGAACAGUUUUAUGGCUUAGAAGGUAAAAGUACUAAACGUAAAAAUUUUAUAUACCGUUUGCAAAAGAAUUAAGAUGCUAUUUUUGCAUGUAUAACGUUUUAUUGUAUUGCAAGUUACUGUUAAUAAAAAUUUUCAAAAAUA